AUGAAAACGGCCAGGAAAGACUUCAUUGGCAGAGAUGCCCUCGCUGCGAGCCCAGAGCCCGCGAGACGACUAGUGCACCUGGCUGUUACCAGUCCGGAAGGUGUUGACUGCGUCGGCAAUGAGUCCAUCUUCAACUCUGUCACAGGAGAGGUUGUGGGCUUCACAACAAGUGGUGGGUACGGCUACCUUGCGGAGCAGAGCAUCGCCUUCGGCUACGUGUCCUCCGCGGCCUUAGAGUCUGGAGUGCCUCUGGCCAUCGAG